AUGUCUGACAACGACAUUGGAAAUAGCUUGAAGACAUCUUAUCUUCUCUUCAAAAGCUUAGAGAAUAUGAACGGUCUCACCCAGCUGAGGAUCCGCAUCUAUUAUGAUGUUCCGGAGGCAGAGGGUUCUGCUCGGCAGUUGAAUGAAAUUCUAUGUGAUCCUGGUGCCCUCCGCGAGAUGCACACGCUGUUCAUGACGUGCUGCUGGGAAUGCAUGGACAUACCAGCGAUCAUCAAAGCACGCCCCAAACUCCAGAACUUGGGCUUGUACGGGACGAUGGGGACCAGAUGCGGCGUGGACGCUUUGGAGAAACUCAGACAAGAGGGUGUUACCCACCUGCCCCUUACAUUCGAACUGCGAAUUUGGGCUUACACAAGUGCACUUGAUCAACUGGCAUUUGCUCCUUGGUUCCACGUCGACAGCGACCCGAAAGAGAUUCUCCAUCGAGUUCGCUCGUUACUUGGAGAUCAUCGACGGGCAACGCAUCCGGAAACAUUCAUUGACAUUAACCACGCUGUUUUAUAUUGGAAGGACGCCGGCAGUGGUCACCUUGCGGGGCAAUACGAGGAAAUUUUGAAGGACUACUUUCCACGGGCUGAAAUCUUGGUGCAGAGUAUCUACGAUCAGACUCAUAACUAUUAA